AUGGCUUCUCUUCAAAUUCUCCAGCAGACUGGAGGAGUCAUGCUCCUGAUUCUGAGCCUACUUCUGGAGACUGCCUAUGGUCAAGACAAUAGAAACAAGUCACUUUCACUCAACAGGAGACUCUCUCAGACAAACAGGACAAAUGAAGUUAUAGUAGAACUCACAGUUACAAACAAUGUGGAUAAAUGCUUGGGGAUAGAAAUCAGUACUGAGGACAAUCCAAAUAUCAAGUACCUUUCUACUCCUGAAAUCCCUCUUGCUUGUGUGUGUACUUCUGCCAAAUUCUUCUGGAACGUUCAUGUCUCUGAGAAUGCUGUCCUACAAAUGAAGGUGGAAGUUUUUUCAGAAAAGGACAUAUGUAAUGAUGAUAAUACCCAACACCUAGUAACUAUCUACCUCAGGUAUACUUUAUAUAAAUUGCUUGAAAUAGAAUAAACUGGAAGGACUUGCUUGAAUAGAUCCGAGUCACCAAGGUACUACUGGGAGAAUAUUACUUUACUGUAUGUAUCUCUCUAGUAAAAUAAAAUACUGUGAAAGGAACAAUGUGGUA